AUGCUGAUUUGUGGUGGGAGCAUGGAAAUUCACUGCAAGUUGUUCAUGGGCACGCUCAAAAAAGUAGCCCUUGAUUGGUUUAGUGGUCUUCCUGACCGAUCAAUUACCGACUUCGACGUCUUUAGCCGGCUUUUCAUGGCGCAGUUCGCAGCCAACAAAAAGAAACCGCCGAUCACGUCAGACUUGUUUGAUCUCAAACAGCAACGCGAGGAGUUGUUGAAGGAUUUUUUGCAAAGAUUCAACGAGGUUGCUUUGAGGAUAGUGUCUUUGUAUGAAAGGAUGGCGGUCAUUGCGUUUCAGAAAGGGCUAAGGUCUGGUGCUUUCGACAUCGCGCUAGAGAGAGCAAAUUGUCAAACGAUGUCGGAGGUGAGAGCUUUCGCCCUAAGUCACAUCAAGACGGAGGAAGGACAAAUCAACAAAAGGGUAGCUGAAAGCCGAGAAGCUGGGGUCGUCCCAAGAGAUUUUUAUUCCCUAUAA